UGUCCACUUCUUUCUUGUUCGCCUUUUAAAAAGCUUUCUAUAAGGUAUUUGACCAGACUUCCAGCGGUAAAACUAAAAGUUGUCCACUAAUCUGAGAUGUUCGCUAUUUGGAGUGUCUGCUAAGUAGAGAGAGAAUACCGGUAAGGAUAAUAUUUUCUUCUUUUUCUUUCCGCAUACAUAUCCGUAAAUUAUUGUCAUUUUAUAUUUAUUCCAACAACAAAUACCAACUCAAACGUGUCAUUCAAACGUGUGGAUGCGUUGUUUUUUAUUUAAUUGAAAUCCAAAAAUCAUGUGGCAAGUAUUAAAAAACAUUUGAUUUGCUUCUACAGGUUUUCUCAUGGUUGUAAACCAAGAAAAAAAUAAAAGCGGGUGCUUGUUGGAUUAGAUUUUCAACAUUCCCUAAGAAACCUUACGCCUGAGAUGUAUGGCGCCUGUUAGAAAUAGCUUAAGAAUUUUUAGGUCCUGCCUACUGUAGUCUUUUCUGUAAGAUAUUUCAAAUAAUCAAAUGCCUAUCGUUGCAUGAUAAAAUGUUUAAACAUAUAAAUAAGUAUAAUAAAAUUUACUCCUAAAUAAAACCCUGUGGUGGUAUUGACGUCAUUUGUUUGUCAACAAACAACAAAUUAUAAAACUAUUUUAGCAGCGGAUGUUAGAAUGUAUUGAUAUUCAUAAACACUUAUUACCACUGAAGUGUUAUUUCAACAAAACGGUCAUAUAUUCAAUUCAAUACUUUUUGCAGCAGAAGUUAUCUGACAAUGUCAACAAUGACCUCACCUCCCAAUAUCAUACUCUUAUAUAUGCAUAACAUUUACUGAUUGAUGACCAUUUGAAAAAUAGCUGACUCAAUCUUCACUCCUUCUGACUGACAUGUUGUCACGUUAUAAAUAGAAGAUUAUACAAACAGUUUAUUUACUACAAUUUAAGUUGCGACAAUGUAUUGUGAACAGUAUAUAGUGUUUCUUACAGUAUUUCUUGUUCAUAAAUCAUAUUCAUCUAAUUUUUUUUCUGCAAUGAGUGUUACUGAAAGAAAACUAAAGGUAAUCAAUGCUUCGUUGGCAAACAAUGAUGAAUUGUGUCUUGGUGUUAGAUUUAAACAACUAAUUGUCCACAAAAAAUGUAUACCAGCUGUUAUAAGUAACAAAAUGUGUAUUGGAUCUUGCAGAUCUGUCAGCAUUCCUAGUACAAAAGGGAAAAUAAUCCGAAAAUUCAGAUCUUGUAUGGAAGAUGAAUCUGUUAUAGUAGAGGUUAAGUUAGAAUGUCCGUCACGAAAACGAAGAUUUAAGAAGAAGAAAGUGAAACUUGUUAAAAGGUGCAAAUGUCGAAAAGUUGACAUUAUUAUGUAGAUUACCAACAAUACGAAACACUAAUUAGAAAUACAGCUUUACAAGGACGAUUGUUAUGUGACAAAAUCAUUCAUAAAAGUAUGAGAGGAGUUAAUUAUGGAUAAAUACUAAAAAGAUUUUUGACUACUGUUGUUAACUUAUAUGUUAAAUGAUGUUACUUGUGUCCAGAAUGUGUUAAAAGUUGUUUGUUGUUGUUGGUAUUCACAACAUAGUGUAAAUAAAAUAAAUUGUAUGUUUUUAGUAAAUUAUUUUGCAAAUUGUAAUAUUUUCUUAUAUAUAUAUAUACAUGUGUGUGUAUUUAUCUAUAAAAAUGUAUAUAGAUACGUUUUAUUCAUUAAUAAAAUGCAUUAUAGUGUAUCAUUUUUAAGUUCAUUGAUUAACGUUAAAAAUGCCUUUGUAUUUUUCCAAAAGCCGCGACUAAACGUGCUUGUUU